UCUUUCCCUUUUGCCCUUCACAGGUAAUGAUGGUAAUUUCCAUAAAAAGGCCUCAGCUGCGUCUCUAGUUGAAGCGUCUAUAUACGUACCCCCCCAGGAAGAAAAAAAUCAUCGUGCCGGUGGGUUGUGGUAAUUGAGGAGUUGUUAAUUAGAAUCUUUCGAGAUGGUGACAAAGUCUUGGAUGGAAGUCCUCUCUCCAACCUCUUCCUAUUCCCCAAACUCGACCUGGGUUCUUGGGGAGAAGAAGAGCGGCAGCUGGACUCAGCAGGAGAACAAGAUCUUCGAGAAUGCGCUGGCCCACUUCGACAGCAGGACUCCCGACAGGUGGGAGAAGGUGGCCGCGUUGAUACCCGGGAAAACUGUGAGAGAUGUGAUCGCCCAUUACCACGACUUGGAGGACGAUGUGAAUUACAUUGAAGCUGGAUUGAUUCCUCUCCCCGGCUACAGCACUUGCCUCGACCUGGGUGCUGGCUGCUUCGAUGACGACGACGAUGAUGAUGGCGAUGGGAUCAACCAAUCCUAUUUUGUCGGCGGGAAGAGAGGCAGGUUCUCUGAUCAUGAGAGGAAAAAGGGAGCACCCUGGACUGAAGAUGAGCACAGGUUGUUUCUGCUGGGUCUCAUUAAGCAUGGUAGAGGGGAUUGGAGGAGUAUAUCUCGAAACUUUGUUAUCACCAGGAAUCCCACUCAGGUGGCCAGCCAUGCUCAGAAGUACUUCAAUAGGCGUAACUCAAGUAAUAAAGACAAGAGAAGAGCAAGCAUACAUGACAUCACGGUUGCCGACAUGACGGACAAUAGCCCUUCAUCGCCAUCUCAAUCGUCUACACUUAGCAUGAAGUCAGCUGUGACAGCUGUUCCCGUAAGUCCAGGUUCAGAUCAGACUAAGGAAGCUGCAGCCAGGGUUUAUAGCCGUUCGAUGUUGCCUGACAGUAGUACAAAUCCAUUCGGGAUACAAUCGGAGUCUCAAAAUUCAUAUCGAGGUGCCCUCCAUGAUCCGAUGGCUAGGCACCAGACGUCGAUGCUUUUUUAAGGCACAUAUAUAGAUGAAUUUUCCUGCCCUCAUAGAUCAUGAAAUGCAGUAGAUGAUAUAUAGUGAAAAUGCGUAUGUACGUAGUAUCUCGAUGUGCCAUGCGGAGAAAACUAUAUGGUAUAUUACCAUCUGAUCGAUCGAUUGCGUAGAAGAGUAAAA